GAUCGCUUCCGGGUAGCAGGCGGCGUGCCGUUCUCACGUCACCCUCUCCUCCAGCUCCGCUGCCUCGGAAUGUGGCCCCGAAUAGCGCGGCCUCUCCAGGUGCGCUCCUGGGCUGGCCUGGCCCUAAGGAGCCUGCACGGGACCCCGACGUGGGCGCGGCCCCUCAUCCCCAUCGUCGUGGAGCAGACGGGCCGAGGAGAAAGGGCCUAUGACAUUUACUCUCGCCUCCUCCGAGAACGGAUCAUCUGUGUCAUGGGACCUAUUGAUGACAGUUUGGCCAGUUUAGUCAUUGCCCAGCUGCUUUUCCUUCAGUCAGAAAGUAACAAGAAACCCAUCCACAUGUACAUCAAUAGCCCCGGGGGUAUAGUGACUUCGGGACUGGCCAUCUAUGACACCAUGCAGUACAUCUUGAAUCCUGUCAGCACUUGGUGCGUGGGCCAGGCAGCUAGCAUGGGCUCCCUGCUGCUUGCAGCUGGCUGCCCUGGCAUGCGCCACUCACUGCCCAACUCUCGAAUCAUGAUCCACCAGCCGUCUGGAGGGGCCCGGGGACAAGCCACUGAUAUUGCCAUUCAGGCUGAGGAGAUCAUGAAACUGAAGAAGCAGCUCUAUGGUAUCUAUGCUAAACACACGAAACAGCCUCUGGAUGUGAUAGAGGCAGCCAUGGAGAGGGACCGCUACAUGAGUCCUAUGGAAGCCCAGGAGUUCGGCAUCUUGGACAAAGUGCUGGUGCACCCCCCACAUGAUGGAGAGGAUGAGCCAGAGCUGGUACAGAAGGAGUCUGCCGAAGUCCCUGCUCCGGCUGGGCCCUGAGGAUAGAUGAAGCCCAUUCCUCCCUGUGGACAGUGAGGAGUAAAUCCCAAAAUGAUACCCCUUUGUCUACACUGGUUCUCCCCUGACCUUUGCACUGUGCUGCUCUGUCCCAGGACUCCUGUUGUAGCUUUGGAUUUCAGGGGGCUCCAGGGGCCCAUCUGGGGGUGAAGCAGAGGGAGCAGUGGCUGAACUGGGCUACUGCCCCAGAACUGACUUGCCAGAGAGCAUGGAUUUUAAAUUAAAACUUUGGUCAUUUUUUGGUC